AUUUAAUGACAGUGACAAAACAAGACGGCAACAAACCUACAGUUCACUGAAUAGCGUUGUUUUUGAUUUUGAAUAUUGAAUUACUUUGAAUUUAUAUUAUUGAUAUUCUUCUACAAAGAAGACUCUAAAGACUGACUUGUUAAUAAAGCCACCAAAAUGACGAUAUUGGAAUCCUGUUGGUCUCCUUGCAUUUGGUCUUCUGAUGUGAAAAUCGGCAGUAAGGCUGUGGCCGUUUAUACGGCGGCAAUGAGUGUUAUUUUGAUAACCUUUAUUGGCUAUCAGAUGGGUGGUGGAGACUCCACCCAGCUGUGGAAUCCUCUGUUUGAAGCUGAUGUUAGAGGCUCUCUACAAGUAUUCGGAGGCAUAUUCAUAUUUAUAUUUGUGUUUUUAAUAAUCUCUUCCUUGCUAAUGGUGAUCGGCAUCAACAUAUGGAUGCGAGGGUUGAUGCUCCCGUGGCUGGGUACCAUGGGCCUCAUCAUAGUGUUCCAACUCUGCUUUGGGUUAUGGCUGCUUGGCGGAUACUACAUCUAUCUGGAUGCUACUUUUGCUGCCCUGAUUGACUUUUUAUGGAUGUCUUACAAUAUCUACUGCUGGCUGUGUGUGUUUUCUCAGUACCAAAUUAUAUUAGAGAUGCAGUCGCCGAAUAUUGAAAUACUAGUUGAAUAUUGAUAACAAUUACAUUAUUUGUAAGACAUUGUUGCCUUAUUAGAACUUUAGCACAUUGAUCUGAUAACAUAGAUGAACUCAACUUCUUAUAAUCAUGGAAUUAGUUUAUUAAAAAAUAGUUAAGAGAAAAUGUACCUUUAUGUAAAAGAAAUUUAAUAAUUAAGUAAAAUAGGAAGAGACACAAAGACAUAUAGAAAUAUAAAAGAAAAUCGUGAUUAAACUUUGAUAACAACUUUCUUAUAAGUAAUAGACUAAUAUUUUAUUUUCCAUGAAUGAAUUAGCAUCAACUUUCAUGAAUAGAUAGUUAUGAGCUAUAUAAAAAUGAAAUUCUAAAGUUUAGCACAAAUUAUGCAGAUUCUGUCAAACAAUAUAUAAGAAUGAAAUUUGCCUUUAUAAAACAGAAUGAAUGAUGCUUGUAAUAAGGUAUCUAUUGUUUCCCAACUGAUGUUUCUUAUUAUUUAUUAUCUUAAUAUUAUUUUUCUAAAUUCCGCCGUGUAUUGUUGUGUGUUAGAUAUCUGAAUCUUGAAUGAUGUAGUAAGAAAUUUUAUCAUUUACCUAUUUAGAUAUAUUUUAAUAAUUGUUAAAUAUAUGAAAUGACAGUCUUUUUAUAGAAGAGAAAUCAUGAAUUAUUAUAGUUAUUUAUAAAUUGCCAUAUCGUUUUUGUAUGUUGUAUACUGUUCUCAUCAAAUGUAUGUAUCUCUCAUAAUUUGUAAGAUAAACAAAAGACUAAGACAAAAUCCGUCCGAUGUAUAAUUGUUUGUAUUAAUUUAUUAACUUUAUUUCUUGUGGGUCGUUAUAUGCUGAACGUGGCCUUUCAGUCUUUUCAAGACUGUUGGCUCUGUCUACCCCGCAAUGGAUAGAGACGUGACUAUAUGCAUGUAUGUAAUGGGAGCCGUGGUCCCCCAGGCAUAACACGCCAGGUAUAAUAACUACAAUGGAAAAUUAUAAAAUUACUGGCUCAUCUAUUGAAAGCUAUUGAAAUGAUUUUGAUGUACAAAGCUAAUGCGAUGCAAAGUUAAAUAAAUUGACAAGAAAUUAUUAGCUUUAGUUUUUGUGUAAUCUCUGUUGUAGAAUGAUAACCAACAGAACGGUAACUUUGUUACUAGGUAUUUGUUCUUGCAUUUAUCAGUAAAA